UUUAACGACAGAUCAACAGAAUGGUCACAGUGUGAGAAUCGCAGAACCAGCCGUAGUAGAUAGCGGAAACACUCUAAAGCGACAAUACUCUGGAACGACUGCAGUCUGCUGCGAUUGCUUAUCUGGUGAAAAUAACUGCAACUGUGAGGCAAGCCUAACCAACAAAAAAUGAUCAAUCUGUUUUGGACUCCUGGAUCAGGUCCACAGAAGUUGAAAUACGUCACAAAAAUCUGUGGAAAUACGUUAAAUGUCCAUGAGGAUUUCAAGAGACGACUCCAUGAGAAACUAGAGUGUCUGUGUGAGGUCGACUCAGAGAUGGAGUGUGAUUUCAUCCUGGCCUUUUGUCCAGUUGUGUCACGGGCUGGAACAGACAUUGAGGCAGCACUUGAGAAAAUUCCAGAUUUUAAGCCCUCUGUUCUAGUGGUGCUUCACUAUACUCGUGACUCAGAUGCCAUUGUACCAGACUGCAGCAGUUACACGACAAACAGAAAUAUACUUACUGCUGUUAAUUGCCUAUUCCAUGAGGACUACGGUUUACUGAGAUGUCAAAGGAACAUCAGUGCAAGCCAUCAAUGUGUGCAAGAGCUGCGUAACUGUUUCCCUGUCACUGAGCGUGGCGUUAGCUUUUGGCAGUGGUGGGUGUUAUUGGCUCGUGGCAUCAGCCAGCGUCUGAGAUGGAGGACGAUCUUGAAAUGUUCCUCUAUAAUCCUAAUUGUGUAUGUUCAGCAGUACAUUAUGAAAGUAACAGUAAACAAUGAACAAACAUUUGAAUUAAUACUUAAAUACUCAACAGUGUAGAUCCAAAAUAUUAAGAGGAAUUAAAUUAAGGUUUGAGCUGUAGUCAGGGCAGUUUGGAUGUUAU